ACUCUAUUUGGCUGCUAGGCGUGCGGCGGCAGUGGCGUUCUCUACCCGGCAUGCUGCGCGGCAGUGACGGCCCUACGUCUAUCCCCUUCCCAACCCAGCCCCCUCUCCCCCUCCCGCCGCGCCCCCCCUUUCCCUAAAGUGAGUGAGUGAGACGGACAGAUGGAGGAGGGACUGUAAUGGCGGCUACCGGCAGCUCCCUACUCUGACCCACGGCAAGCAUACAGCAACGACCCCCUCCUCGCUCCUCUCUCAGCCGGCCUCCGCCCCGCCGCCAGCGCGGGGCCACCCUCCCCGGCCCUUCCCCCAGCCGUCGGCUUCUCGCCCUGCGCCCCGGCUGGGGCCCCACACACAAUGGACGAGCUCGCCGGAGGCGGUGGUGGCGGUCCGGGGAUGGCGGCCCCUCCAAGGCAGCAGCAGGGACCUGGGGGGAACAUGAGCCUUUCGCCAGGGGGUAAUGGAGCGGCGGGCGGCGGGGGUCCUCCAGCCGCCGAGGGAGCGGGUCCCGCGGCAGGCCCGGAGCUGUCCCGGCCGCAGCAGUACACUAUCCCGGGUAUCCUGCACUACAUCCAACACGAGUGGGCUCGGUUCGAGAUGGAGCGGGCGCACUGGGAGGUGGAGCGAGCCGAACUGCAGGCCCGAAUAGCAUUUUUGCAAGGAGAAAGAAAAGGACAAGAAAACUUGAAGAAGGAUUUAGUAAGAAGAAUAAAGAUGUUGGAGUAUGCAUUAAAACAAGAAAGGGCAAAAUAUCACAAAUUAAAAUAUGGCACAGAACUGAACCAAGGUGAUUUGAAAAUGCCAACCUUUGAAUCAGAAGAAACCAAAGACACAGAAGCUCCCACAGCACCUCAGAAUAGCCAGUUAACGUGGAAGCAGGGCAGACAGCUGUUAAGACAAUAUCUUCAGGAAGUAGGUUAUACAGAUACAAUAUUAGAUGUACGAUCUCAGCGGGUAAGGUCAUUACUUGGACUAUCCAAUUCAGAACCAAAUGGAUCAGUAGAAACAAAGAACUUAGAACAGAUACUGAAUGGAGGUGAAUCUCCUAAGCAAAAAGGACAAGAAAUCAAAAGGCCCUCUGGUGAUGUUCUUGAGACAUUCAAUUUUUUAGAAAACGCUGAUGACAGUGAUGAAGAAGAGGAAAAUGACAUGAUUGAAGGCAUCCCAGAAGGAAAAGAUAAACAUCGGAUGAAUAAACACAAAAUAGGUAACGAAGGUUUAGCUGCUGACCUAACUGAUGAUCCUGAUACUGAGGAAGCACUGAAGGAAUUUGAUUUUUUAGUGACUGCUGAAGAUGGUGAAGGAGCUGGAGAAGCACGGAGCUCAGGGGAUGGCACAGAAUGGGAUAAAGAUGACCUCUCCCCACCUACUGAGGUUUGGGAUGUAGACCAGGGGCUAAUAAGUAAACUGAAGGAACAGUACAAGAAGGAACGAAAGGGGAAGAAAGGGGUGAAGACUGAACCAAUAACGUUUCCAUCUGGAGGAGGCAAGUCAUUUAUUAUGGGUUCUGAUGAUGUUUUGUUAAGUGUACUGGGCCUUGGAGACCUUGCAGACUUGACGGUAACAAAUGAUGCAGACUAUAGUUAUGAUUUGCCUGCCAAUAAAGAUGCCUUUCGAAAGACAUGGAAUCCCAAGUAUACACUACGUAGCCAUUUUGAUGGAGUACGGGCAUUAGCUUUUCAUCCUGUAGAACCUGUUCUGGUUACUGCGUCUGAGGACCAUACUCUGAAACUUUGGAACUUGCAAAAAACAGUUCCUGCCAAAAAGAGUGCCUCUUUAGAUGUAGAGCCUAUCUACACAUUUAGGGCCCACAUUGGUCCUGUUCUAUCAUUAGCUAUUAGUUCUAAUGGAGAACAGUGUUUUAGUGGUGGUUUAGAUGCAACCAUACAGUGGUGGAAUAUGCCUAGCCCUCACGUGGAUCCAUAUGAUACAUAUGAGCCAAAUGUUCUAGCUGGCACUUUAGUUGCACAUACAGAUGCUGUCUGGGGUCUUGCUUAUAGUGGCAUAAAAAAUCAAUUACUGUCUUGUUCAGCAGAUGGCACUAUUAGGUUAUGGAAUCCACAAGAAAAAUUGCCAUGUAUUUGCACUUACAAUGGAGACAAGGAGCAUGGAAUACCUACAUCAGUUGACUUUAUAGGCUGUGACCCAGCUCAUAUGGUGACCUCUUUCAGCACUGGUAGUACAGUAAUUUAUGAUUUAGAAACAUCACAAUCAUUGGUGAUGCUUUCCUCACAGAUAGAUUCUGGUUUACAAUCUAAUAAUCACAUUAACAGAGUAGUAAGUCAUCCCACACUUCCUGUUACAAUAACUGCUCAUGAAGAUAGACACAUCAAAUUUUUUGAUAAUAAAACGGGUAAAAUGAUCCAUUCUAUGGUAGCUCAUUUGGAUGCUGUUACAAGUCUAGCAGUAGAUCCUAAUGGAAUCUAUCUGAUGUCUGGAAGCCAUGACUGUUCUAUUAGAUUAUGGAAUUUGGACAGCAAGACUUGUGUGCAAGAAAUAACAGCACAUAGGAAGAAAUUAGAUGAAUCAAUUUAUGACGUUGCUUUCCAUCCAUCAAAAGCAUAUAUUGCCAGUGCAGGGGCUGAUGCCCUUGCCAAAGUAUUUGUGUGAAUCAACAAAACUCACAUCAUAAACAACAGAUUUGCUUGGACAGAAAGAGGGUCUGCAUCACUGCCAUCAGAAAGGUUAUGAUAUGACACUACAUGUGAUCUGCCUGGAGAAGGCUGUUCGAGGCAGGCAUUAAAUUGGUGGAAUUCACAUCUUAAUGUCAGGCUCAUUAAUUUAAUUGUAAUUACUGUAUUUUGUGGGACAAAUAAAAAGGACUCCAUUAUUUGUGGCCUGUACUGGAUAUGAACUGAGCGUAUGUCUGUUUUUUAGGUAUCUUUAAGCCAAUGUGGAGUCUGAUCUUACAAAGACUUUUAUUUUGGACUCUGUGUGCUGCCUUAGGGUUAGGAAUGUGGUGCUCUUGUUGGGGGAAAGUGAGCUCCAAGAGUAGCUUUUUUUCAUCUCUUAGUGAUUUUCUGUUUAUCGGUUGAAUGCCACAGAUUCCCUUUUAAACUUAUUUUGCUUUAAAAAAAAAAAAAAAAAGAAAAUUUAACUUAAAAUAUUUUAGCAUUAGUUGCACAAAAUGUUUGGAUAAAAUUCUAGUUUUUAUAAGUCUUUUUAUAUAUUUAGCCUGUCACAACAGUGCUCAAGAUUGUAUUGAAGUUUUUCUGCAUUAUACAACCCUAAAACACAGAGAUCUCACUGACCCGCUGCCGUGUAACCACACUUUUUCCUUCUUUUGCCUAAUACAGCUCAGCUAAGUCCUUCCAUAAAGAUGCUAAAUCACCUUCAUCAUCACAUAAUUGUCUUCAUAUAAACCAAGGACUAUUAAGUGUAUUAAAAAUGAAACAGUGGGGUUUAGUACUCCAGAUGAACUCUUUAAAAAGAAAAAAAAAACGAACUAAUCUUGGCAUCCUAUCACUAUGUGAUAUUUUGUACAUCUUACUGUAUUUACAAGUUUAUUUAUCAAGGAUUAUCCAUCUUGCUAAUAGCCUAUUAUUUAUUUCACUUUUUGUUGGUCUUUAUAUCCUUUUAUUAAUGUGCUAAAGGAACCUGUAUAUCUAUUUUGGAACUCUUCGAAUAGUCUAAAAUAGACUAAAAAUGGAAUAUUUUAUAGUUUAAGUUACAAACCAAGGUGAUUUCCCCCAGAUGCAUAUCUUGGUUUACCAUGAUUCCAAACAAAACUAUCUUGUUCAAAAAUAUUUGGGGUAAAAUUGUAUUUGCAUUACAAAUAGGAUACAAAAAUAGUUGAAUCAGGAUACAGAAAUCUGCUGUGUUUGGACUAGUUAUCCCUGUUUUAUUUUUUCAGAUGUGCUUAAUUUUAUGGUGUAACUAAAGAUUUUGUUUGUGUAAUGCAUGAUUAAGACAAUAAAGUAUUUUUUCUAGUCUUCCAAAAACUUUUCUGAUCAGUUUGCGAGUUUUGAUGAGUUUUGUAAGGUUUUUGUUUUACAAACUAUGAAUCAGCAAAUUUUUAAGAUUGUACCACAUAGCAAACAUACAACUGUUGAAAAAUAAUGUAUAUAAAAUGCAUAUAAUAAAUAUUAAAUUGUGUACCUGUAUGUUACUGUUGGCUACAUUAUUUUGUGUUGAAUAAUAAAGUGCAAUACUUUACUCUCCAUCAUUAAACUAGGAAAUGGA